UUCAUUUAUUGUCUCGAGUAAUUUUUCUUUUUCUUUCUACAAAUUAUAGACCCAAAUCCUGCUUGCCCUAGGUAAGAUAUCUCUUUGCUUUCUAUGCAUAAAUUAUAUGAGCAGGGUCUGGCCCUGUCAUACCUGGAAAGCUGUAAAAACUUGAAAUUGUGUUUAAAAUGGGUAAUUGUCAGUAUUGUACUUCUGGUUAAUUCAAAGCUAGUUUCAUCGCUUCUAAUUUCUUCUCAGGAAGAACAACAACAAAGAGUAGAUGAAACCCUUAAAAGUUUGGAAUGAUGUUAAAAAAAUACCAUGGACAACAAAGACCUUUAAUUGCAUGGGAUUUCUGAAUAACGUUUCAAAAUAAAAAACUGUGUGCCUGGUACACAAAGAACUAUGUCUCCUUCCCUUUGUGACAGAGGAAUCAAUGGAAUUCAUAAAAAGGGGAGGGAGAAAGAUGAGAGAUAGGAGAUGCCUUGCUUAGCACAAGCAGGUCACAAGUCCCUUGAAAGGAAGUUGCUGACUGUAUCUCCAUAUGUACAGUAAAAGCUGUGUUAUCUGGCACUUUACCAACCGGAAAGCUCUAGAAACCAGCAUUUCUGAUAUCUCCCAAUCCAAAUCUUCAGUGGGGUUGCCAGGCUCCCUACCUGGCUCCCCAGAAGCAGCGACAUGUCCCUGCUGCUCCUAGGAGGAGGAACAGCCCCGGGGGUGCUGUACGCUGCCCCUGCCACGAGCGCUGGCUCUGCAACUCCCAUUGGCUGGGAACCACAGACAAUAGGAGCUGCGGAGGUGGUGCCUGCAGGUGGAGGCAGUAAGCAGAGCCGCCUGGCCAAGUUUCCGCUUAGGAGCAACAGGGACACAUCGCCACUUGCGGUGAGCCACCUGAGGUGAGUGUCGCCUGGAUCCGGCACCCCGUAUCCCCUCCUGCACCCCAACCCCCAGCCUGAGCCUCCUCCCACACUCAAACUCCCUCCCUCCAUUGGUAAGUAUAACUCUUAGUUAAUCGGAAUUUUUGACUAACCGGCACCCCCCAUUCCCCCAACAUGCCAGAUAACAAAGCUUUUCCUGUACCUUUUUGUUCCUUGCCUUGGAUUUGCUGAUCAGUGACAUGCCUAUUUGCCUGGCUCUACCUAGAGUCUGUAGCCUACAGGAAUUUGGACAGAGUGGUACAGACAUCGCCGAUAGAGACUGCGAUCACUGACUAUUCCUUUAAAUGCAGUCCCAUGACUUAAACCGUACUCCACCACAUAUUAAAGAAGGGGACAGAAGUACAUACAGAGCUCCAGCUCAGAGGCACAGGACACGGCAAGGCAAUUAAAUACAGCUAACUGUGAGUAAACAUAAGGAGUUAGAGGUGCUCUCUAGAGCAAAGGGCACAGAAAGAGAUUUGUGUGAAAUCCUAAACUGAAGCCGGAGUAACUUUUUAAAAAAUACACAUUUGUAUAAAAUAUUCAGAAUCUAAAAUGAGGUGUAGAAAACUACUGUCUCAUUUCAGCAAUUUGGAGGGUUGCUUUAUUUAUUGCUUUUUUAGGAAACAUUCUAAAUAGUUUUAAUCUCAUACUACCUCAGACCUGAUUAAAAAGAUGAUUUCCCCCAAUAUAAAAAUCCAAAGCGGUGACUCUGUCAGCAAUCACAGAACUCUUUUGCAAAUACAACCCCAUUUGCAGUGGAGGUAUUCUAUGACGGUAGUUAGGAGGGAUGCCUUGGCUGCAGAUUUUUGCACGCUAAGGCCAAAAUUCUCAAGCCUGGUGCUCAGUACCGCCGCUCCCAAUGGAAGUCAACCAGUGCUAUGGAUGUCCAGCAUCUUUGAAAAUCGAUCACUUUUAUUUAGGUACCUAACUAUGGAUGUAGCAGCCGAUGGAUACAGAGCCUGUAAGCACUCAAGGGUCAAAAUUGUAGCUUAAUAUUUAUUAAGGAAUCAAAAUCAGAAUUGAACAGGUAGUUAAUAUGCUGGACAGCUGCUUUUCACACUAUGGAGCAUGAAUAAUUUUUUUGUGGGUGCAUAUCUGGGCCACAUGUAUUGUAAUGGUCAACCAUCAAAUGAGAGCUGCUAUACUGGCUGUGGUCUUGAGGAAGACUGGAAAUUGUUAGCUGGUGAAAGCACAUCAGUAUCCGAAGAUAUUUUCCUUUUGCAUGACACCAAUUGGACUGUACCUUGGUAGGUUUGUUACCAGUAUUUAUUUCCAUGGUAAGUCUCAGCUUUAUGAGCAUGUAAAGCAAUAGUUCACAUGUCAUCCGUCCCUAUCAUUUUCUGACUGUUCGUAUUGUUAAUUACAGGUGUAAUUAUCUGUGGGAGAUAUUCCAUAGUUCGCUUUCAUGUUGCCCGUUGUCUUCACUGUGCUUGUUCUGUACUCUUGCUUCUUAACCAACGGAAGCUGUGAGCUCUAUGAUGAGCUAAAGGAGUUGAAAACUAAAUUUGACAUCAAUCUCUACCAGCGAUUAGCAGAACCACAGAACAGAACUAACCUGAUAGUUGCACCAGCAAGUGUGUCCAUUUCUUUGGGGCUACUGCAGUUUGGAGCUCAAGGAAACACCCUUAUGCAGCUGGAAAAUGCUCUUGGAUACAACAUCCACGAUCCAAAAGUGCAGGACUUCUUGCAUACCGGAUAUGAAGAAGUGACCAACUCUAGCCAAGGCCCUGUGGUUCAGUUGGCAUGUGCCCUAUUUGUGCAAGCUGGAGUUCACCUGUCUCCUGACUUCAUUGAGCAUAGUGCACUCUGGGCAAACAGCAGCCUCCAAAAAAUCAACUUCAGUGAGCCUAACAGCACUGCUGCACAGAUAAAUGAAUGGGUUACCAGUAACACUGAAGGUGGAGAAGCAGACUGCAUACAUCUGGAUACAGCUGGUUCACCACUUACCCAGAUGGCUGUGGUGAGCACCAUGUACUUCAAAAGCAUGUGGCAAAAGAAAUUCUCUUUCACAGAUACUCAGUCCUUGCCUUUUACCACUGCAGAGGGCAUCACCCUGAAAGUGCCCACAAUGUACCACACGGCUGAGGUCAAUUAUGGUCAGUUCCAUACCACAUCGCUGGAGCGUUUCAGUGUAGCAGAGUUGCCUUAUCUGGGGGAGAGAGUCAGUAUGUUUGUGGUGCUUCCCAGUGACAGGAGGACAUCUCUGUCCCAGAUUGAGUCACACCUCUCAGCUAAAAUCAUCACUGUUUGGGCCAACAGCUUAAAGAGAAUGAAGAUGGAUAUUUUUCUACCUAGAUUCAGAAUUCAAAGUCACUUUGACUUAAAAAUGGUUUUACCUGCCUUGGGAAUUACAGACAUAUUUGAUCCAACUGAGGCUGAUUUUAAAGGUAUUUCAGAGCAAGGCGGGCUUUACAUUUCAGAAGCUAUUCAUAGAGCAAAGAUUGAAGUGACAGAAGAAGGUGCAAAAGCAUCAGGAGCUACAGCUAUGGUGCUACUAAAAAGAUCUCGAACUCCUAUUUUCAAAGCAGACAGACCUUUCAUCUUUUUCCUAAGGCACGCCAAUACAGGUACACAUAAUUCAUUUGUUCAGUAUAGGAGUCACUCACCUAACAGUAAAAAAAUCUUAUGAGUGUGUCCCAUAAAUAAAUAAGGAGCUAUUCUCUAAAAUGACUACAAUUUCCAUAAAACUCCUUUAAAAACAAUCUGUAGAAUAAAUUUUCAACUACAAACAGUGGAAGCAGAAAAAUUGACAAUCAUGGGAAUUCAGUUAGACUGUUCUUCGGCAUAAAUUUAGUACCCGAAGGCACUCUGAUGGUCCUGGGGACUAACAUUCAUUUAUCCAAAGAAUGGAAAGGUAAAGCACAUGCAGGUGCAGUGCAAGUUUCUCCUCCCCUGUCCUGCCUCUAUGCCUGAAAUCUAAGCAUCUCCUUAUCUGGAGAGGCAUGGGGCCUAAUCUGUCCUGCCACUGCUUUGUGUCUUGCCGAGACAAGCAAGAAAGUUGCCACUUGUAAGUAUUAAAAGUGUCUUUAGUAAGCAAAUUGAACAAAAAAAAUUAAAACUUACUAUACUCAACUAUGCACUUAAUAGGAUGAAAAUUGGACUGUAAAAUACAAAUUUAGAGAAAUCAAGUAGAGCAAGAAAGAAACCACAAACAGCAUUCUAAUCAGAAUA